AUGACCAGGCUCGUCAUCGACGUGGGCUGCUCGUCGUCCGCGUCGUCCGCCUCCAGCGACGUGGUCUCCUCGGACGGCCUGUCCAGCGCCGGCGACUGCCGCUCCUUGGCGCGCGACGCGCGCGACGCUCGCCGUCGGCCCGGCCCGGGUGCCUCAGCCUGCAUCGGCAGCGCGGACAAGGUGACGUGGGCCCUCCUGCUGGCGGGAUGCCUGUGCCUCUUCCUCGGCGUCGUCACCACCGUCUUCACGCCCUACGACAUGCUGAUGCGGGAGCGGCUGAAGAUGCAACCCGGGCUGCCGGCGUUCGAGUGGUGGGCCACGCCCCCCGACGAAGUGCUGCUCCGCGUCUACGUCUUCAACGUCACCAACCAGCACGACUUCGAGAGUGGCCGCACCAACAAGCUGCACAUGCAGGAAGUGGGGCCCUUCAUCUUCAGGGAAAAGCUGGCGCACACCAACGCCACGUUCCACGAGAACGGCACCAUGACGUACACGGCGGUGCGGACGGCCAUCUUCCUGCCGGAGAUGAACACCCUCAGCCUCAACGACACCAUCACCGUGCCCAACCUGGCCGUCCUGGGGAUGGCGUCGUACCUGCACGACGCGUCCUUCCUCACCAAGAUGGGCUUCAGCCUGAUCCUGCAGCGCCUCGACUCGCAGCCCCUCAUGAACAUCUCCGUGUACGACUACAUGUGGAACCUGACGGACCCCCUGGUGCACGUGACGCGCCGCCUGGUGCCCCACCUCGUGCCCGUCGAGAACAUGGGCAUCUUGAGCAGGAUCUACGACGACUUCACGGACGAGGUGUCCGUGUUCAUCGGGCCGGAGAACGAGUACCGCUUCUUCCAGAUGGACCGCUUCCACGGCAACCGGAACCUGGGGUGGUGGUCGGCGGACCGCUGCGACUCGGUGUACGGCGGCACGGAGGGCGUCUCCUACCACCAGGGCGUGCACAAGGACCACGAGCUGCGCUACUUCCGUAAAACGCUGUGCCGCGUCACCCCGCUGUACUACGCUCGGGAGGAGCACCGCCUCGGCAUGUCGGCGAUGCGCUUCGAGCUGCCCGAUGACGUGUACGACCGGCCGGAGAACGCCACGUCGGAGACGGACUGCUUCACCAGGCCGGGGAAGGAACCGCUGCCGGCCGGCCUCACGGACCUUGCGCCCUGCUACUUCGACUUCCCCAUCGCCGCGUCCAUGCCGCACUUCUACAGCUCGCCGCACCUGCACGAGCUCGUGGGCGGCAUGCAGCCCAACCGCAGCAAGCACCACUCCUACGUGAUCGUGGAGCCGACGACGGGCGUCCCCAUGAACGCCGCGGCGCGCAGCCAGUCCAACCUCAUCGUGCACGACGUGAGCGGUAUCACCAAGGUGGCGCGCUUCUCCAACCAGGUCAUCCCCAUGUUCUGGGCGGAGUAUAACCAAGUGGGCCUGCCGUGGUACAUCCAGGCCACCAUGUACUUCACCGUCAUGAUCCUGCCCUGGUCGCAGCGCCUGUGCACGGCGGCCAUGAUGCUGGCGGGGCUCCUGAUGGUGGCGCUGGCGGUGCGGCGGUGGUCGCGGAGCUACCGGGCGGCGAGGAAGCGACUACUGCGCCGAGGCCUCCGCGCCGUGCACUCGUCCAAGGCGCCGCCGCUGUCCUCGUACAGCUCGCUGGACCUGCUGCCGGCCUCGUCGUCGGGGUCCUCGACGGGCGCGUCGCCCUCCACGGCCUCGUCCGCGGCUUCGACGAGCGGCUCCACCGCGGAGACGCCCUUGUCGUCCAGCAAGUCGUCGUCCACGGAGCAGGUGGCGGCCCUCAGCUAAAGCAGGAAGGAGCUAUUCUAUUUUCAAAGUCGUAAUUUAUUUUUCCUAGAUUGUUUUCUAUUUUUGUUUGCGGGGCGCGGUGAGUCCCAAAGUUUAGCUAAAUGGCGCCCCGCGAACGUGAUCGUGUGAAUUGUGAUGGAUCUAGGACCAAAGUUCCUUUUUGUGACGGCACUGCUGCACUGCAUCAGGCGAGGCCAGAGGCCGGAGCAGCUCGAGAGUGCCGUGCUCGCGGCGCCCCUCGCCCUGCAGCGCCCAAAACACGGGCUGGCUGUCAACGCCGUCACAAAGCCGGCGGAGUAGAAUAAGAAUUGUUGCCGAGUGUAGUCGCCCCGUUGGGGUGUCGAAGCUUGGCUAGUACUUAGAGGCUCUUUUUUGAAGACUGCGACCUGAAUGGCCUGGAAGAGUCCAGUGCCGUGUUUUUCUCGCCAAGACUGGUUUAGUUUUGAUCAAAAUCUCUGUUGUGCCGAUAUCAGCUUGAACCCAAUAUCCCACCAGAUUUUAGCAAUAAUGUAAUUUGUUUGUGGAAGCCGCGAGUCAGUUCUAGAUUUUGGUAGAUGUGUCCAUAACGUGUGGUUUUUACGAUGCGUUUCUGAUUGCGGAAGUAUCGUGCUUAAAUCUUUGCUUCCUGCUUGUCGUUCCUGGCCAAACCAACCGAAAAAACUAUAACAUUUUGCAACAUUCACACGGUACUUGAUAUUCUGAGUAAGUUCACCAAUUAUUAUUAUUUUGUUUCUGUGAACAGGGUGAAACAGGGUCUUAUGUAUCAUACGUAUAAGCUGUAUAAGCAAUGGUGUUAUUUAAGUCCGACCACGUCAUGGAUUUGACUGUCAAAUCGGGAAUACCAAGAAUGCCCAUUCUUUUAAUCAAAUCAAAGAUAUUGUAUAUAUAGAUUUAUAAGUUGGAAAGCGUUUACCGAGAGACACGUGUGGUAAGAUAAUAUGGGUCACUUACAUUGUUAAAGACUUUUUACUGUAGCUUUUUGUAGGCAUACGAGUUUGAGGAGGCAAGUAUGUCACAGGCACAAAAUUUUGCAUGGUUUUACCAGGCAGCCAUACCGAAAAAUGAAAUCUUUUGUCAAGCGUUAAUCUUUUCUUUUGUAAAAUACUAUGGGAGACGUUUGGCAUGCCCAUUCUUCCCCCUAGCGGCUGUCUGUAUGUUGGUCGGUGUUGGCUGUAACGUCUGUGCCACGAGUGAUAUUACGAUUUUGUUUAACGAAACUUAAGCAAUUUUAGGAAUUUUAUUUGUACAAGCGCAAACAUGGGGCUUCGAUUUGGCCCCGGGGGGUCCUUGUUGUUUCUUGUCGUGUUUUGUUAGAUAAUGAUUGAAAGGGUCGUAGUUGCUCGAUGUCGUGACGACGUUCUGAGAUGUAUGUACUUUGACUAUUUGUAUGUAUUGUUUUAAUGUUAACAAAGAGCAAGACCAAAACUAAUGGUACAAUGAAGGUGAUCUAGCUCAUUUGACAACCCUAAUAGUUUAGCGUAGGACGUAAUAAGUGUUAGGUGUAUUUUGUCUGUGAUUGUAAUUUUUACCGCCUCGAGGGUGACCUGUUCUUAUGUAAAAUAAACUCCAUUACAUAGCAAAUGUAA